UCGAUCGCGUUCGGAAAUGACAGCUUGAUUUUUUUUUAUUUAAAAAAAAAUGUGGGGUUGGUUAUUAUGCCUGGUCACCGUUGCCGUGGUGUCGGAUGUUAGCGGCGCCGGCGCAGGCGCUGCCCGCCUCGUGUGUUACGUGGAGAAUGCACGCGCGACCGAAGGCUUUACGGAGUGCACGCAUCUCGUAUACGCGGGAGAUGCGAGAGGAGAUAAGCUUGAUGCUCUGCUGAAGGAGUACAUAAAAAACAAUCCGAGGCUCAAAAUUGUUUUGAGGAUCGCUGAGAUCGAUAAGGAUCUCCGUAAGCUUCUCAAGUCGAAACACGUCCAAGGUCUUGAGAUAUAUGAUGCGCAUCGUUCGCUCAACAAGACGAAAGUCCUACAGGCGGUGGAAGAAGCCAGUUCAACCCUCAGUUCCUCUGGUGGUGGACCGCUCUUCCUGGCAUUACCAGCUAACCCUGAGCUCUUGGCGAAGUAUUACGACCUGAGGGUUCUGGUGAAGAAAGUGGACUUGGUGAUGGUUCAGACACAUGCUUUAGGGGUGGUGAAGAAGAUGACUUAUCAUCCGAGUAGGCUGAGCGGAAUGUGGGAUAUGAUGAACACGGAUUCUGUGGUAGACUUAGUAGUAGGACUCGGAGUACCAGCGUCGAAGAUCGUCAUCAGUUUGCCAGCGACGGCUCACAAGUUCACAUUGCUGAACGAAACCCUCAGUACCCCAGGCAGCCCGACAGUAGAGGAGAAGCCCAAGGAAAUAGACCAAACUGAAGUUUGCAGGCUACUGCAGAAGGGAAGAUGGACUUUGGAGAGAGACCAGGACCUGUCAGCGCCUUACGCAUUCAAGAAUACAACAUGGAUGUCGUUCGAAGACUCUUCUUCAGUGGACGUAAAAGGCAAAUAUGCACGAGUGCGCGGCCUGGCCGGGCUCGCACUGCAUGACGCUGACCGUGACUUGGAGACUCCUUGUGGAGUCAGUCUGAAAGCUGCCCUCGCCAAGGUCCUCAAUCAACAGAGCAGAGCGCCCAGAGCUGCGGUACUCAGGUCCUUGGAGCACGAGAUCCUGUCGGCACCGGGUCGCGCCCUGGACGCCUUGCAAGUGUCCCCUUACAGGAUUAAUCAGGUCGUCGACUCUGAUGGCGUCAUACACUCUAUAAGAGAGGACACCAGGACUGAGUUCUCUUGCUCUCGACAAGGAUACUUCGUGCACCCGCGCUCUUGUGCGAGGUUCUAUCGCUGCGUUAAGUUUGACCAGCUCUCACCUGACUAUACGGUGUUUGAGUUCGACUGCCCGGCGGGGUUGGCGUUCGACGCUCGCUACGAAGUCUGCGUAUGGCCGGGCAGUCUCCCCAGCGCGACUGCAUGCCCAGGUUCCGCCGAAAUUGCACCCGUUCCACGGGACAGAUUCUUAUGUCCCGACAGAGAAGGUUACUACGCGGACCCUGAGAACUGCCGCUGGUUCUUUGCUUGCCUCGACCACGGGAAGGCACCGCUGACUGCGUACGAAUUCAGAUGUCCGUUCGGCCUCGGAUUCGAUGCUGAGAAACUCAAGUGUGACUGGCCGUGGCUCGUACCAGCUUGCGGGAACAUCGGCAGAUACGAAGCUGAGGCUUACGGGUUCUCUUCUGCCACACUCACUGGUGCGACCGGUUUCCAUGGCAAGACAGCUGAUGCAGUCAACAUUGCUGCUCAUCAGAGUCUCGUCUCCGGUGCUUCACUUGAUAACUUAGUUGGAAUCCAAAGUGGAUUCUUAACCAAAGAUGAUACAUUAGACUCCAACUUCAUAGCAUCUCAGGAAUUAGCUAGUGGCGCAUUUGGAUCAGGCCAAUCUUAUGAGAUUGGAAACGAUGCAAGUAUCUCUCAAGGUCAAGGAUUAGCAUAUCAGGUCGGUGAUGCUAACUUAGGUCUGGUUCAACCCACUAAAUACAUCAAUGCACCCAAAUAUACCAGUGGUUCUAUAAUAUUAGAUGAUUACAGGCUUCCUAGCACGAAAACAAGCCAUGGAAAAGCCUAUAAUAUUGCCCAAGCCAAUAUACAAAAUGGUGGCUAUACUAAAGGCCUCAAUAGUUAUUCUGGUUCUAUAAUAAGCUCUGGAAAUUACCAGAGUAGUAAUUAUAAUUAUGAUGACGAUAAUUCUGGCGCUUAUAUUCAUGACCCAUCAGGCGAUUACGCUGAACCUUAUAAACAUGUCGAUUCUCCUGUUGUGCCAUAUACCCACGAUGACGCUGGCUACAGACAUAAUGGAGAAUAUAAUGAUUAUGGUUCAAGUACAGGACAAGGUAAUAAUGGAGGCAAAUACGUUGACAAUAAUGAUGGACAAUAUGUGCAUGACAAUUCCGGAUCUUAUAUUCACACAGAGUCUACAGGAGGUAGUUAUUCCAGUUCUUACAAUGCUGAUUAUUCAGAUUCGUUUAACAGCAAUUCUGGAAAAUACGAGGGUGGUGUAUAUAGGGCUGAUGGACACAUUGGGGCUUACAAUAGUGACACUACAGGUCAAUAUCAUGGAACUUACAGUAACUCGAAUACAGGAAAUUAUUUGAGCAACUCUAAAGCAUAUACUGGCGCUUCUCAUACUCUAACCGCUGGCGCGGUGAAUGUUGGACUGGUUGGAAAAACUACACUAGUUGACGCUGGUUACACUGACCAGUUAAAUUACCAACAAGCCAAUGCUGCUUCAAAAUUGGUUACAGGACACGAAGUUAUUCAUGAAACAUAUCCUGGGCAUAUACCUUAUGUAUCUCAACCAGCAGUUUCCAUUAACCACGUUGGAACUAACAGUCAAAAUUUAAACGAAUACAGUUAUGUCACUACACCUACAUCCUCUGGAAUUCCUACAACAGCAACUCCAUUUGCUGUUACAGCUUCUAUACCGGUUACGACGUAUAGAACAACAUAUGUCCCAGAAGCACCUAAGAGUACUGUAAAGCAAUUAUUUGGAAUUUCACAGCCAGCUAUAACUUAUGUACAACCAACUGCCAUUGCUGUAAAACAGUAUGUUACUCCUAAAGUAGAAAUUACAGAUUAUAACCAAGGUUUGAAUUACCAGUACGAAAAUAAUGCCUUCAGUUCUAAUCAAUACGAUGGUUCUAGUUCCGUAAGUCAAUCGUCUAGCGGCAAGUCUGUAACAUCAGGAUACGAAUACUCUAAACCAAGUAUAAAAUUUGAAGACGGCAUAUCUUUUACAACACCAGCACCUAUUGUAUCUGUGUCCACGUAUAAACCACAAGGGUUUGGUCAUGGUCAACAAACUGUACACAAAAUCGAAUCAGUUGGGUUUGAAUAUUCAUCUCCGACGCCCAUUACUGAGCAACCAUUCAAGAAACUGGUAGCUUACUUAGCUACUGGUCCAUCGGUCACCUAUUCACAAGCAUCAGAUGCCAACUUACCACAUUCAUAUAGCCAUCAGACAAUCCAUAAAGUAGAAUCAAACGCAUAUGCACCAGCAGUUGAAUCGGGUUAUGACUUUUCGAAAUCUGAUAUUAGAUACGAAUCACCCAAACCUGUUAUUCAGUUAACAACUGUGCAGCCAGUUGUAUCUUCUUAUCAACAACCACAAGUAUAUAGUCAUCAGACAUUACAUAAAGUAGAUGCCAGUCAAGUGAAGACCUAUUCUGAAAAAGAAUCUGAACUAGGAUAUGAAUAUAAAAAACCAGCAAUUAAAUUUGAGGAUGCAGUAAAUACAUAUGGGUACUCUACACCAGUACCAAUAGUCGUGUCAACAAUUAACCCACAGUCAUUAGAGCAUCAAAUAAUUCAAAAAGUGGAAACACCACAAGUACAGUAUCUACCAGUUCCGUCAACCACACCCCAGCCAGCUGUAGUAUCCACGUACCAACCCCAGGUAUUCAGUCACCAAACAAUACAUAAAGUAGACGCUAGUCAAGUAAACGUUUAUUCUAAAAAUGAUGGUUAUGAAUACCAGAAGCCAGAAGUAAAAUUUGAAGAAGGAAUAAAGACUGCAUACGAAUACUCUACUCCUGCACCAAUUGUUUCAACGUAUAAACCUCAAUCAUAUAAUCAUCAGACAAUUCCUAAAAUUGAUACUCCAAAGGUAGAAAUUACAUAUCAACAGACACCUGUCACAGUAUACGAAAAUCCAUUAUUAAAAUAUACAGAAAAAGUAAUUCCAGAAACUAAUGUACAUCAUGCCUACAAUACUCAGGCUUAUAGUCAUCAGACAAUUCAUAAAAUAGAGGAUAGCAAGCUUUAUACUCCUUCAAUAAAAGUUACCUAUGAAUCGAAUGUAAACUACGAAGAACCAACUGUAAAAUAUACCACUGCUCAGCCAGAACUAGCUAUUCAACAAGUUGUAUCCACUUAUCAGCCUCAAGUACAGAGUCAUCAAACUUUACAUAAUGUUGAAGCCAGUAAAGUAAAUACUUACAGUGGAUCUACCGGUUAUAAUUAUGAAGCGCCUUCAGUUAAAUUUGAAGAUGGACCUAAUAUUAUACAUGAAUAUUCUACACCAGCACCUACAGUAAUCUCCACCUACAAGCCACAGUCCUACAGCCAUCAAACUAUUCAUAAAGUUGAAGCUCAGAAGUAUAUUCCAGUUUCGUCCACACCCAAAGUUGCAGUGACUUAUCAACAACCUUCAGUCUCCGUUUAUGAAAACCCAAUCUUAACAUACACCGAAAAAGUUACUCCAAUUACAUACGUAAAACCAACUGCUUCUGUUUAUACUCAGACAUAUCAGCCAAUAAUUCACCAACACGAGGUUAGUCACGUCAGUCAGCCAGUAAAAUAUGAAAGUUCCGCACAACAGUCUUAUACGAGCCAAAACAUUCAAUUAAACCAAGAAGGAUAUUCAUACAGUCAACCUGAAAUACAACGUAACGUUGAAACUUUAAAUAAAGGACAAUCAUAUUCAGGCGCGAAUUUGGUAUCACACCAAUUCAUCCAACAAUCGAAUGAUCAAUACGAAUCCGGAAAAGACAUAGUAAUUGUGUCAUCGACUCCAUCGACAUUAGCAUAUGAAGAGCACUAUUCAGAAUAUGAAACGCCACGGAAACAACAACUAUACAAAACCCCAGAGUACAUACCACCAAAAACUGAAUAUCAACAAUCCUACAGUGUGUCAUCUACUUUGUCUCCCCUUGCAGAGCAACAGUCCUCUAUCAUACAUGAAACUGACGACGAGAAAUAUUACAAGGCUGUAGAUAAUUCGCCACGCUAUGAAUCGAUACACAACUCACCACUUCAACAGAUUUCAUAUAGUACAUCUCACAUUUCACAACCGAAAAAAGAGUCUAUUCAUUUUUCGUCAGUCCCCGGUACUACAAUUACCACUCAAUAUAAACAAGUUGCUUAUGAAUCACCUGAAAUUCAAGUUGGUUAUAAAGCUGAAGAGUAUUUGCCUCCAGUUGUUUCAACACCAAUAGUAACUUCUACAUACAAACCCAGCACUUUGAGUAGUGCUUCUACAACACGGGAAUAUUUGCCACCAUCUGACAUUAAAUACAAUGAACGUGAAUAUUUACCACCGAAAGUUGAAAAUAUUUAUUUACCCCCAAAAACAGCCAAGCCCAUUGUAAUAUCAACUACCCAGCGACCAACCUACAAAUACACACAAUCAACAACAGAAUAUUCAGCCCCUGAAUAUUUACCACCUGCGGACGAAAAGGGAUCUGAUAUAGUGAAUUUUGAAAACUUUGGUUUUAAUCAGCAAAAUACAGAAGAAAUUAUUAAGAACAAUCCUUAUCAAGAACAAUAUUCUGUUUCGACUUUAACUCCUUUAAGAAAACCGAAUUUAGUGGUGGAAAGAGCAAAAUCUAACUUACUUGGCUUUGGUACUGUCGGACCUGAUGCUGGUUUAAUUUCCCCAGUAACUUACACUACAGCUGCACCUGUUGUUGUGUCUUCGACAAAUACUCCAUACACAUACAUUGAGUCAACAACUCAAUAUAAAGCACCGGAAUAUUUACCUCCUAGUGACACAAGACCCGAGAAAAUUCGGCCAGUUCCUGUGCAUAGACAACAAAAUAUAGUAGUCGAAACUGCAAAGUCCCAUUUAUUAGGUUUUGGCACUGUAGGACCUGAUGCUGGGCUCGUGUCUCCUGUAACACAUACUACAGCACAACCGAUUAUAUCUAGUACUGAUUCUUAUUCAUUGCGGCCAAAAAUAGUGACAUCGACACUUGCACCAUUUAAUCAAGAAAUAUCUGAAGUUCCAAUUAGAAAGACUAAGCCCAAGGUAGCUGUUGUAACCAAAAUAAACGAUUUUAAUCCAUUACUUGUACGAAAACUCGGUGCUGUUUGUAGUUGUCAAUCACCUGUGCUUAUACUGAAAGGAAAGAGGCCCAAUGUACAAGUGCAACCGGAUGUAAUCGAUUACAAUAAUGAUUACGAUGACUCUGAUCGUGGAGAUAUUAGUGAUAAUCAAUGGGGUCAACGAUCUGGAAACUUACAAUUAUCAAUUAAUUCCGCUACACCUUCUCCAAUUAUUUCAUCUACCAUUAACCCUAUAAUAGUACCAGAUGAUUCGUAUUACCAGGAUUACCAAGAACCGAAUAAUUACGUUGCCGCAGUAACUCCUAAAAUAAAUGAGUUAUAUUCCGAAAACUUCGAAUCUAGUACUCCUAUUGUUGUUUCAUCUACAGAAAAAACAGUGAGAAUAAGACCUAGAGUAAAGGCUGUGACUAUUGCGCCGACUUACAAAACUGUUUUGUUGAACCAAGAAGGGGCAUCUAAUGCUGAAGUUAAAGAGGCAGAAUCCGCAGAUAGUAUCAUUAAUUCACAAUCUUUCGAUCGCUAUGGGCCUGGUGGAUGGAGAAGUAGAGACGAGACAUUGCAAGGAACAGUCGACUGCCAAAGAGCAGGUUUGUUCAGGCAUCCAAAGCAAUGUAACAAAUUCUAUGCUUGCAGAUGGGAUUGUACUAAGCAAAGAUUUACGCUCCAUGUAUUUAACUGCCCAGUGCAGUUAACGUUCGAUCCUAAUAUGGGCGCAUGUAACUGGCCGAGUCAGGGACCAGCAUGCCAAGGAGAUACGCUAUUGACCAAUACUCUUUAAUUGAAUGGG